GCUGAGCCAUGUGACUGUUAGCCAAGCGUCCUGUUGCUGUGGAGACCAGAGUCUCUGUGGAGCUGGCAGCAGUUAGAACCCUGUCCUGUCUGAUUUCCUACUACACAGCUGCAUGACAUGCCUUUAGUUAAGGCUCCAAAGAAGGCAGAGCCAGUCUGGAAGGAAUGGGAUGCCAAAGCACAGAAGGCAGGUCUGAGACACACAAUUUACAGUAUAAAUGGAGAUGAGUACACAGGAGAGUGGCUAAAUAACCUCAGACAUGGCAAAGGCACCUUUAUGUGGAAAAAAAGCAAAUCCAUUUAUGAAGGUGAUUGGAAAUGUGGCAAAAGGAGUGGAUUUGGCACAUACAGCGUGCAAGAUUCUAAUACUGGUGAAUAUGUAAAAGUUUAUUCAGGCUACUGGGAUAAUGACAAAAAACAUGGAUAUGGGACUCAUUUCUACUCGGCCAAUGAGUAUUACGAAGGGGAGUGGAAGUGUGGAAAGAGAUGUGGCUGGGGAAGAAUGUACUUUGCAAACAGAGAUAUUUAUGAAGGAGAAUGGUCGGAAGACAAGCACAGUGGACAGGGAAUGCUAUGCCUAGCUAAUGAGAAUCGAUAUGAGGGUUCCUGGAAGGAUGGGAAGAAGGAUGGGCCGGGCAAAUUUUACUACCUUGAUAAAGGCCAGCUAUAUGAAGGAGUAUGGAUUGAAGAUAUCCCAAAAUGUGGAACUAUGAUUGACUUUGGACGAACAGAAGCACCAUAUCCAACAAAAUAUCCAUUACCUGAGGUGAAAGUAGCAGAUCCUGAAGGUGUUUUGAAAGAAGCGCAGGAAUACUUGCUUGGAGACCAUAACUGAAUCAUCAUUGCUGGGAAUCUUUAAGACAUUUAUUCAGAAGGAGAAAAAAAUGGACACACAAGAGAA